ACCCGAAAAAACUCAUUUUGCUAAUAUCGAGCAAUUGUCUUUUUUCUCACGACAUAUGCGAUGACUAUUUAUGUCUAGCAGGCGAUCGGAUCCUUAACUUGCGCGGAUCAAAUUACCGAAAGCCACUUCAACUUUGUCCCUGUUUCCUUCGAACGAAAGCUUUAAAAAUAUUUUUCUUUAAGUUUCCUUCUUUUGAGCAGUAAGUCUCCAUUAAACUGCUUGCGUUGUGGAUGGCGCCGCUGUCACGCGAAUCUACGCCCGUCGUUCAUUCCGUCAUGUCGAAUAUAUUUUUUAUUUAUUUCUCCUCCGUCAAGAGGUACACCCUCUGUACCACAUGCGACGCUAUAGAACGAAGUGGAAGCAUUAUGAUAACAUUAUUAUCGGCCGUUCUAACAAAGGAAAGCACUGAAACAUUUUAAAAAUCACAAAGUAAACAGACGAUCCAGCAAACCAGAGAAAGAAAACAAUUGACCACGUGUUCAUUUCUUCUCAUGCUUGCCACAUGUUCUUUGUUAAAUUUAUUAUUCCGGCUGACCGGAAGCCAAUAGCGUGGAUAUAAACAAAGUGAAAAAUAUCUACGGAGCAAAAUUUGAACCAAAGGUAAUUUAAAAUCCACUUUAACAACCGUCGAAACUGGCAAGGGACCAUUUUCAGUAUUUAGGGUUUUAUUUUUCAGUUCUCAGUUUUGCUUGCCUGGUUUCCUGCGGCAACGAAAAGUUCAAAAACAGAAUUCACGGUCGAGCGAGAAUUAAAUGCGAUGAACGUGACAAAGUAAAGUCGUGUCGUGGCACAUUGCUUCGUCAUUUUAUUUAUUCAGUGUCCCAUUGAUGGACUCGUUUUAUAAUUAAAAUUCGAGUUACAAGCGUGACUCUCUGAAACAUGUUCAUUCGCGCGUUAAUUGUAUUGAGGUUCGAAACCAGUCAAAACAAUUGUUUCGAAUGAAGUCUUUCUCGGCAGAGACAACCUUAUUUAUUUUGUCCUAGAAAGAACAGCAAAGGAAAAUUACCGCUUUGAUCUAUACUGUUUCUGCCCUGAACACAAUUGCAAUGAAUUUUGCAACGAACGCGGUCGUUCAGUCACGUGCUUAGGGUAAAUUUCUUAGCGGUGAGGGGCAUGGGGUGACCGGCACAAGGGGCACUAGAGCGGGGUUGUGUUGACGGACGUGGUAUGGCACUUGCUGUGCUGUCUGUCUUCUCAGAAUUUUUUCCCUUUUAUGGCCAAACGUAGUUAAGAUCUUGCAAAAAAAUGCCCAAUCUUUCCGCAUCCUUUCCCCCUCUCCGCUAUUACGUUUAACAGUCCGAGCUGUGAUACAUCUUAAUUAUAUGGUAAGAGAAAGUCAUCAUGUAACCUGAGUAAAUUUACCAUGUUUGUUUUAAUGAAGUAAAUUGAAGUACGAGUCAGGUAAAGAGUAACGAGUCAACUCGGAGUCAAAGUCUGUUUAAGCGUCUAUUUUUAAUUUUGCUCCGCAUUGACCGAAGUUUUCAACGAGUUUUUUUAAUCGGAUAUACCAUUGGCAUGUCUUUCGGUAUCUCGAAGGUUCGGCCGAGUAGUGUUGUCUCUGACACUUAAAAAGCUAAAGCUCUUUCUCACUAGCAAUUUACAGUUCAAUUAAUUACGUAAACGGACUCAGCAGAAGAAGCUGUGUAUAAUAUUUUUUAUUAUUAUUUGUACUUGUAGUAGGAAUAUCUGCUGUCCAAUUUGGAAAUGAUUGAAUGAAAAAAUUCUGAAGACUGAAAAAUUUGGACGAGGCCACAGGUCAAGUGCAAUUUGGCAGCCAGAGAAAUGUUUUGAAUUUAAUCAUUUCCUAAUUUGAGUAGGAUAUAGUUGUAUUAUAUUGCGCGCGGAACAGUCCAAAUUUGGACAGUUUUGCAAAAAUAACAGAUAUGAAUACUUGUGUGCACGCGGAUGAAAUGUAAAGCUGGUAAUAUGAUUAGUGAUAGUGACUGAACUAUGAAAUGGAGUCGAAUUCUCGGAGCAAUAUUGGCAGGUGUGUUAUUACAAGUUUUCUAUCUAGUGGAAUGCUCGUUAACGAAAUGGUGUGACAUAAUCAAUUUUACGAACAGUUCCGGAGACUUAAGUAGUCCCAAGCCAAACAAUACCCUUCUUUAUCCGGACGACACUCAAUGCAUAUGGAGAAUAACAAUAUCAGACGCAAAUCAACAUAUCAAACUUUCAUUCAAAACAUUUCACCUGGAGGACUGCAACAAAUGCACAUGUGACUUUGUGGAAAUUUUCGAUGUCGUUGGACCCAAACAGAACUCCUUGGGGAGAUUCUGCGGCAGCUCGUUACCAGGUCCUUUCUAUUCCAGUAAACAGUCGUUGCUGGUCGUUUUUCAGUCCGAUCACGGCAAUGGGUUUCCGGGAUUCACAGCAUCGUAUUCCACAGUAUUGCCUGGGGCAGUUUGCAGGAACGCUACGCGUCUCAUCACAGCAGUAGGCACUAUACACAGCCCUGAAUUUCUGAAUCGAGAUUAUUAUCCCACCAACGUUGAUUGUAUUUGGCAAAUCACAACUCCGUAUAACACUCGCAUGCGAUUUAAAAUCAUGCAUAUGUCCAUACAAAGUUGCGGUAAAUCAGGAACGCCUGAGUUUUGCUCGUGUGAUUACCUUGAAAUCAGGGAUGGCAGGUCUUCUAGUGACAGGCUAUUGGCAACCCUUUGUGGAACUAGGACUGAAUUACCCGAGACGAUUUAUUCAAGCGGCAGGAAUCUAUGGGUGAGAUUCAAAUCCGAUGGAGAAGUCGUCAGCUCUGGUUUUGUGGCAUCGUUCUCCUCGAAAAAAAUCAAGAAAGGAUCCUGUCCGGCAGAUUGGAAAUACCCAUUUAAAUGUCCGCAAGAAAUUAAUACAAACAAAACUGCUGCCUGUUGCUAUGAUAAUGGUCCAAACUGCUGUGAGCCGGGAGGACGGCGUUGCUCCGACGACGGGUCAAGCCAAAGGGACUACUGUCCACGCCCAACAGAUAGCAAAAAAUUAAAAUAUUGCUGUACGAAGCAAGGGCAGCCUUCGUGCUGUGAAUCUUCUGGUGUUUGCACCAAGGCUAGAUUCAUUCUAUUAUGUGGAGUCAUUGUGCAUGUUUUAUGUGUUUUUUACAAGUGGUACCACGGAAUGUCAAUUAUUUAAAUAAUACUAGGUAGGAAUUUGGAAUUUUUUUUCCAGAUCAGUUGCCAGGGGCCCAUUUCUCGAAAG